GAAAAGAAAGGAAGAAACGCUAGAAAGAGAAAGGAAGGAAAACGGGAUAAAGGGAAAUCAAUCACCCGCCCUUAAAUAGCUGGCUUGGGGGGGGGAGGGGGGGAAGGAAAGCUGUGGAGGUGUGCCCCAGCACGACCGCCCUGAAGGGUUCAUCAUCUGUUCCAUUUGGUUUAUGGAGAAAAAGAAAAUGGUAACUCAGGCAUGGUGCUGAGUGAGCUUGUAGGUGACAUGUGGACUGUGACUUACGGUGCACACAUACGUGUAUACACAAUGGAAUACUACUCAGCCAUAAAAAGAAGGAAACCUUGCCAUUCGUGAUCACAUGAUUGGACUUUGAAGGGUAACCAGGAGCCGACAACAACUCCUGACGCAAUGGUUCAGCCUUUUACUACCAUCCCGUUUCCGCCACCUCCCCAGAAUGGAAUUCCCACAGAAUACGGAGUGCCACACACUCAGGACUAUGCCGGCCAGACCAGUGAGCAUAACCUGACGCUGUACGGGAGCACGCAAGCCCACGGGGAGCAGAGCAGCAGCUCCCCCAGCACACAGAAUGGAUCUCUCACGCAGACAGAAGGGGGCGCACAGACAGACGGCCAGCAGUCACAGACACAAAGUAGUGAGAACUCAGAGAGCAAAUCUACCCCGAAACGGCUGCAUGUCUCUAAUAUUCCCUUCCGCUUCCGGGACCCCGACCUCCGACAGAUGUUUGGGCAGUUUGGCAAAAUCCUAGAUGUAGAAAUAAUCUUUAAUGAACGUGGUUCUAAGGGAUUCGGGUUCGUAACUUUCGAGAAUAGUGCUGAUGCAGACAGGGCCAGGGAGAAAUUACACGGCACCGUGGUAGAGGGCCGUAAAAUCGAGGUGAAUAAUGCUACAGCACGCGUAAUGACCAAUAAGAAGAUGGUCACACCAUAUGCAAAUGGUUGGAAAUUAAGCCCCGUGGUGGGAGCUGUAUAUGGCCCUGAGUUAUAUGCAGCCUCCAGCUUUCAAGCAGACGUGUCCUUAGGCAAUGAUGCAGCAGUGCCCCUAUCAGGAAGAGGGAGUAUUAACACUUACAUUCCUUUAAUCAGUCUCCCUUUAGUUCCUGGCUUCCCUUACCCGACUGCAGCCACCACGGCAGCCGCCUUCAGAGGAGCCCAUCUGAGGGGCAGAGGGCGGACGGUCUAUGGGGCAGUCCGAGCGGUACCUCCAACAGCCAUUCCCGCCUAUCCAGGUGUGGUUUACCAGGACGGAUUUUACGGUGCUGACCUCUAUAUAGAGUCUGCAAACUGCUUCAGAUCCAACAGGGCGGAUACGCAGCCUACAGAUAUGCACAGCCGGCUACCGCGACCGCGGCCACAGCCGCUGCCGCCGCCGCUGCAGCUUACAGCGACGGUUACGGCCGGGUAUACACAGCCGACCCCUACCACGCCCUGGCCCCUGCCGCUAGCUAUGGAGUUGGCGCUGUGGCGAGUUUAUACCGAGGUGGCUACAGCCGAUUUGCCCCCUACUGAAGUGACGUGAGACCCCGCAAAUGGGACAGCCCCCCAGUUCAUGAGGCCUGGCUAUUGCAAUAUUUACUAGUAGAGGAACUCUAUAGCAAGAUGAAGAGGAAAAACAAACAAACAAAAAAAAAAACACAAAAAAAGAGAGAAUACUUUUUUAUACCUCACUAUGUUCUUUGAAUAUGUAUUUUUCCUUUAAAUUUCUGCCUUUAAUUCUUUUGUUCCAAAGAUUGUGCAUUUUUUUCUUUUUUUUUUCCUUUUUUUUUUUUUUUAACUGUGGUAAAAAAAAAAAAAAAAUAAUGCAUUUCCAUGUCUGUAUGUCCGUGCUAGCUCAUUCUGUCAAUCACGGAAGAGGCAGUUCAUGAGGAAGGAGAGACCUUAGGAGCUGAUGAAUGCAUGUGAUCAGAAAUCAGCAGGCAGAGUUACCAAAGUGUAUCCGGUGCUGAGUGGCUGGGGGACAAGCAGAAGUGGAGAUCUUUCUGCGACAGGAUAUUCUUCUAGUCUUCUGAGUUUCUGGUCUUCGGCAGGCAAUUCUGGUUGGCUGUGGCUGGAAUCCACAUGCUGAUAGAUGACAGGAAUUUGUGCUUGCAAAGCGGGAGAAUUAAAAGCCACUGUCCUCUCCUCUUCCCUCCUGUCUUUUCCAUCCUUUUUACAAUCAUCUUACCUGCACAGCCUGAGACGGUUGGCAUAGUUUUUGGAAUUAUAGUAUUAAUAUUUCCAAACACGCUCUCAGACUGUGGAUAAUAAACACCUCAUUAGGAAACCGAUCUCAGAAUGAACUCCGGAGUGUGAAAAAGAUCAUUCUUUUCUUUCUUGAGAUCCUAGCAUUCCUGCUGGGCCUCUUCUCCUUUCUCUGAACCACGGCUUGGCUCAUCUGUCCUUUAAUGAACUCCCUGCUCCCACGUCCUCAAGAGUCAGGAAUUUAGGACCCAGGGACAGGAGAAUAAAUAGCCAGCGACCAGAUUUCCCGGCUUGAGGGUUAGAAGUACAGAGUGUUGGGAGUCAGUAAAGACAGUAAGGAAAAGAAAAGGGAUAUCGGAGGGUGUCUGGCAGGGCUCUGAUAUUCCUGUCCUUUCUCUUACAUCAGGAGGGCAGUACAAGGUGUAAAACGUAUGAAAACCGUUAGCAAAAGAUCAAGCAUUGAGUGCCAGGUCCGCUGUCCCUGGAAGCUUGCGGUGACUGGGGCACGGAACGGCAGGCAGGGGCGCUUUGUACUGGCUCCAAAGCCAUAGGAAUCCCCAGCUCCCGGGGCCUCUGCGAGCAACUUCUCUGUCCACAGUCUUGAGCUCUCGUGGCCCUUCCGCCCGGCUUAUCGUCAUCCUCCAAAGACGCCAGCCGAGCACCCGCCCACUUGGUGUAUAUACCAACACUACAGGAUAUCAAACCCGAGCCCCUGAGGUUGCUCCCCUCCCAUCCUGGAAGGAGAGUCUGACAUGGCAAGGAUCUUCUGUGUUGCCAGGAAGAGUCAUGUGGUGGCCGCAGCAGUGGGUCACUGCCGCGGCCCUGCGGCUUUGAUGUUACAUGUAUAAGCAAGGUAGGGGAGAGGCGUUUCUCUUCUAGCUGGUAAUGGUAGAGGCCAGGGUCCUGCCGCAUUUCCAAAAUGAAGGCCUGAGAAAAUAGAAAAGCACGUUCUGUUUGGCUCCCUGGUCUAUUCACGUUGGUACUAGGGUGACCUCUCACCCAAGGGAUAGCUGCUCAAGGGAGUAAUUCAGAGACAUGGAGCUUCCGGUUUGGUAUGGGUUUAUUUUCCGUUUGUGUUUUUGUUUUUGUUUUUGUUUUUUUACUCCUGCCUCCACACAUGUUCUUGACUGAUGACUAUUCGUGUCCCUGAAUUAAAAUGACUGACACAUGG